GAACUAUUAGGCUUACAAGUUAUACCCAUUCUAAAAGUUUCAACUUCCAAUCAUUUAAAUAAACAUCUGACAGUAUUACUCGAUCUGUCUCUCGCCAUUGUAUUCCUCUAUUAAGCCUGAAUAAAACUUGAAGAAAUCUUGUUGUAGUGUUAGAUGACUAACCGAACUCCAAUUAAAACCAGCAACUCUGCACUUAUUGCUAUGAUUGCUGAUGAGGAUACAAUUACUGGAUUUUUACUGGCUGGAGUUGGCAAUGUUGAUUUGAGGAGGAAAACAAAUUAUCUCAUUGUGGAUUCAAAAGCAACGGUGAAGCAGAUUGAAGAUGCUUUUAAGGAAUUCACCACAAGAGAAGAUAUUGCAAUCGUGUUAAUCAGCCAAUAUGUUGCCAACAUGAUAAGAUUUUUGGUUGAUAGCUACAACAAACCAAUUCCAGCCAUUCUGGAGAUUCCAUCAAAGGACCAUCCCUAUGAUCCUGCCCAUGACUCUGUUCUUUCACGAGUGAAGUAUCUCUUCUCUACUGAAUCAGUGGCAUCUGGAAGGCGUUGAUGACGGAAGACGACUUUGCUUUUGGGGUUAUUUGUGAAAGUUAUUGCCAACUUUCGUACAAGUUUGGUGGACUUGGCCCGGAAGAUUAUCCUAAACAGACAUGUGGCAUUAAUUAGUUAUUUGUGACUUAGACUAGUUAAGAAUUUUACUCUAUCCAGUUUAUAACAUUUAAUUAUUUUGUCCAA